GCUAUGUUGCUGCCCAGGCGAUCUACUUUGGCGUCUGUGGCGGCAUUCUAUCAUUCUGCGACUUGCUGGAUAAGUCAAAAGAUACGACUGGCAAUACGUAGAAGGUGGACAAGGUGUUUGAAAGCGAAAGCACUGUCAAACGCGAGGAUAUUACGAUUGAAAUGGAAAAACUUGGCUGGACACAUGCUUGUGUUAUCAAAACUCAUACACUUACGUACACACACACACACGCACACAGUAACACCUCCCUCUUUUCUCGUUGAGCACAACACUCACUGACCACUGUUGGUCAUUUUGUACAUUCUUUUAAAAUAAUGCAGCCCUGUUCUAUCAAUCCAACUGCUCCUGUUUCCAUCUCCUGCCCAGUACCGUUACAGCGACUUUUGAUUUGAACGUCAUAAAUGUGGAAUCGCCACCACCACUAAAGUUCUCUUCGUUCGCCAUCGUACGCAGAUUGACUCGAAGCAUCCUGAGCAAUUUGUCGAGCGAAGAAAUUGAAAUCCAAAAGGCACGAAUGCUUGCCUAAUCUACAAAAAGAGCAAAACCGGCUGCAACGGAUAUUUGGCUGCGACGGAUAUUUGGCU